CAACACUUGCUUACCUAUUUGGUACUUCCGAAAUAAGUUUGUUUUCCUUAGGUGUUGCAAUCAUUGCUCCUUGUUCCAUCAUUCGUGACUCGAUACGUUGAUGGUGCUGGACCCAUACUAGCAAGUGUUCCUCCACUUGAUGUGCACACAGACUUCAAUGGCCAAGUUGCAAAAUUGUUUUCUGCAAUGUCAAGCGGUGACUAUUCUGCGGAGAAUAGUGAUCUCAAUGGGAUAAAACCAUCACAAUUCAAACGAGUUGUGGCUGGCAAUCAUCCAGAGUUUUCAACGAGUCGGCAGCAAGACGCGGAGGAGUAUAUUCGAUUUCUCCUGGAUAAGAUCUCCUCCGGUACUCCUGUUGAAGUCCGGGAUCCCACACUUUCUGUGAAGUUUGUCAGCAUUGAUAUCAAAACAAAACCGUAG